AUGUCUUUUGAUCUACUUCCUGUCCAGGAAGGUGGUGGAGAGAAAGAACCCCAAAAUUCCUUGGACGGCUCUCUUGAUGCAUCGUCUAUCGAGCUCGUGCUUCAUCCCUUAAUCACCAUUGAACGAACACGUCCACAGUCUGGUCGUUACCCUUCAAGUAAGAGGCUUGCUGAAGUCGGCAAUGAUGGCGAAAUCCUGAUGCCAGCAACUCCCCUUGAUAGACUUCCCAGCGUCGAUGCUGAUACCUGGGCUCCUUCCGGCCCCGAAUCUCCUGGAACUUCUGACCGUAUUUCGGGACUACGCGGCUUCUUGAAGAACUUCUCGACUGUUGGGUAUCAGUUGAUCCUCGUUUCGAUUAUCUGUCUCUUGGGUCCUGGGAUGUGGAAUGCUCUAAAUGGUAUCGGCGGCGCCGGACUUCUUGCUUCAGGACCUUCCAAUGAUGCUAAUGUUUCUCUAUACUCCACGUUCUCAGUCAUGGGAUUCUUCGCCGGUAUCUUUGUCAACAAGCUUGGCCCUCGUGUCUGCCUUGCAGUUGGGGGAUUAGGCUAUGCUCUUUAUACAGGUAGUCUCUUCUGCUACAAGCAAAUUGCCAAUGAAGGUUUCCUGAUCUUCUCGGGCUUGCUGUUGGGGAUUUGUGCUGGUAUCUUCUGGGCCGCUCAAAUCUUCAUGACCGUUUCAUACCCUGGAGCAGGCAAGAAAGGGAGGGCGAUCGGAUCGUUUCUUGGUAUCUACAACUCAGGUGCUGUGAUCGGCAGCUUAAUUUCACUAGUUCAAAAUCUCCACUCCCCGGCAAACGAAGUCGAUGAUGGAACAUUCAUCGCCUUCAUCGCCCUCGCCUUUUCUGGCUCUCUGAUCGCCCUGACGGUCCUCCGGAAGCCUGAGAAUGUACUUCGAGAAGAUGGGACUUAUGUCUCGCUCCCAGACACCAGCUCGUGGAAAGAAGAGAUGCACGAGUCCUUCAAGGCUCUGUACUCGGACUGGUACAUUCUCCUGCUCUUCCCCAUGUUCUUCGCCAGCAACUUCUUCUACCCGUAUCAGUUCAACACCUUCAACCUGCCCAACUUCGACAUCCGCACCCGCUCCCUCAACAACGUGGUCUACUGGCUCGCGGAGAUCGCAAGCGGGUACCUGACAGGCUGGCUGCUGGAGCUCAGAUGGAUGCGCCAGAGUACCCGGGCUAGAUUGACCCUCUGCAUCCUCGUCGUGCAGACCUGCGGGGUGUGGACCGCGGCCUACAUAUGGGACAUGAAGGUUGCCGGGUGGGGAACGGGAGUGCUCAAGAUGGACUACCAUGCCCAGCUGUAUCCCGUCUCGGCCAUCCUCUACGCCGCCUUUGGAUUCCUGGCGGCGGCCUACAACACCUAUCUCAUGUGGGCCAUUGGAUGCCUCAUCGAUGACCCCCAGAAGGUGGCUCAUCUCGCUGGCUUCUACAAGGGCGUCCAGUCUGCUGGCGCAGCUGUCGCCUUCCGGGUCAACAGCUACCACAUCAAGGCGGGCAGCGAGAUCAUCUUGAAUGGUGCGCUGUUAGCCGGGGGUCUGGCUAUUGCCUUGCCGUUGGUGGUGAAGAAUAUCAAGGACCGUCCAUGA